AUGAAAAAGGAAGAUACCCCAUCGUCCGAAGUACUUAUUGAUAUUGAGGACACAUCAACAACGAUUGUUGAAUCCGAUAUUAAAUUUACCACAGCACCACUUCCCGAUACAUCUGUUGUACCAAAACAAAGUUUUCUAACGAACAAGAAUACAGUUAAUUUUCUUGCAGGUGGUAUUUCGGGAAGCAUUGCGAGCGUAGUAACUCAGCCUCUGGACGUAUUGAAAACUCGAUUUCAAAGCUCUGCUAAAAUUUACAACGAUGCAGCAAUGAAACAGAACUUCCUUCUCAAAAUUAUUGAUUCUUUAAAAAUUACAGCGAAAACUGAAGGAAUUCAUGGAUUAUUUAGAGGAUUAAUACCCAAUAUUGCUGGCAUUUUCCCAUCAAGAGCAAUUUAUUUUGCAACUUAUUCAGGAACUAAGGAUUUGAUGAGCAAAUAUUGUGGACUCUCCUCCGAAAGUCCUCUUGUUCAUAUUGCCAGUGCUGCAGCAUGUGGUGUUGUGGUACCAGCAGUGAUGAACCCAAUGUUUUUAGUGAAAACUAGGAUUCAAUUAGAUUUAUACAAACCCAAUUCGUCACGUGGGAACAACACACCGAAUUAUAAUGGAUACAUGGAUUGCAUCAGCAGAAUUUACAGAGAUGAAGGAGUGAAAGGUUUUUACAAAGGUCUGACAGCUUCGUUUCUUGGAAUUUUUGAAACUGCAAUUUAUUUUGUCUUGUAUGAACAAGUGAAACGUAUGGCCUUAAAAUCAACCAAUAAUUCAGAAGGAGAAGCUCCAAAAUUCACACCUCUUACUUACAUUACAGUGAGUGGUGGAUGUAAAUUGGUGGCUAGCGCCAUCACUUAUCCUCAUGAGGUGGUGAGAACUAGAAUGAGAGAGAUUGUCGAUGGAAAAUGUAGAUAUGAUAAGGGCAUGAUUAAUGCGUUCAAAACAAUAGCAAUAGAAGAAGGAACAAGAGGUCUAUAUUCUGGAAUGGGAGCUCACCUCAUUAGAGUUGUACCCAAUACUGCUAUCAUGUUCCUCUCGUUUGAAUUCAUAACUCACUUUAUGGAAAAACAUUAUGGAACCGGAAAGACAACACAAUAA